GAAUAAAUGUCGGACUGCUUUUCCUCGCUUAUGCAAAAUCCAAAGGGACAAAAAGGUUAGAUAACGAAAAAGCGAUCAGUCUAUUCUCAGCACUCUCUGACAAGGAAUUGUACGAUAAUGAAGGAUAAUGCAAUCCCUCUAGAGUUGAACACUGGUCAGGGCACAAACCGGUUUAAGUAUCAAACCUUCAAAACCAGAGUAGAACGCAUCAAGAUCGAUGUUGUGCGUAGAUCUCGACUGAUCGACGAUGAGCCAGACGAACAUGGUUCAUUUUUCUAUGAAGCAUUACUCAACUGGAAAGAUUUGAAUUCAACUCGGCACUUUAAAGAUUUUUCCAGAGAAAUCCAACCACUUGUCAAAUCAUUACCUUCUAUUAUCCAUCACAAAGAACAAAUCAUAAAUAUUUUGGAGAGGCAUUUACAAGUGCAAGAAAGCAUGGCUUUAGAUGGCAUCUUAGAUUUGAUUACGAAACUUGCAAAAGAUUUGGAAGGCGAAUUUUAUCCUUAUUAUGCCCGGCUCCUCUCCUCAAUCCUUCCUUUAGUCUACCAAAAAGAUAUCCGUUUGCUAGAAAGUGUUUUCAACUGCAUAGCAUAUCUAUUCAAAUUUUUGUCAAGGCAAAUCUUGCCUGAAUUAGACAGAACUUUUUCAAUGAUGGCCAAUUUACUAGGAGAAGAUAAUCAAGCAAAGCCAUAUAUUCGACAUUUCGCAGCCGAAGCGUUUGCAUACCUACUGAGGAAAACUAGAGGAGCAGACCUUGCAAAAAUUAUCCAUUACAUAUUAGAUACUGUACGAACAAAUUCAUCUACAGAAUUUGAAGAAGGCCUUUCAAUGUUGUUUUUCGAGUCUAUCAAACAAGUUGAUCACCGACUUCAUUCUCGUGCAGAAUCUAUUUUCAAAGAACUUUUGAAACAAUGCUGCGAUGAGGAUACAGCAACAGAAAGUUUAGCGAGCAACUCAGUUCACAGUAUUAUGACAAAAACAACCCUCCUUAUUCUGCAUCACACUCACCGACAACACUUUACGCCUAUCGUUAAGAUUCUUCUCGACAAUUUAGACAACCAAGUUAAAGAAGCAGAAAAAGCAGACGAGAAAAUUAUAGCUAUCUUGUUAUCAUUGAUUAAUAUGACUGUUACUGUAAGAAAAGGUAGUCGUGUGGAAAAUUUUAAACAAGUUAUCGCAAGUCUGCAUAAUGCUGCUAAGUUGAUUCUAGCUGCACCUAUCAACACCUAUACCAACUAUACUUAUAAGCAACUACUACGUUCUGUAAUCGGAGUCUUCAAUCAUGGAUCUUUGGAAAUCAUCAUCAGUGGUAGUCGUGUCAUUUUAGAUAUUGUAAACAACUUUGAUGAUGUAGAGUUGGUAUAUGGAUUUUAUCUGUCACUGGCUGAGUUAAAGUGGUCGAGCUUCACACAAGUGUGCCUAUCUUAUAUAGUUAAAUACACAUCCAGACAAUUUUACAGCCAUCCAAAGGAAACAGUUAUAUUUCUUUCAAAAUUACUCCUUAGUGAUGCACUUGUCCUAAGCAGUGGAACUCUUUCUUCCUCAUUAACAGCAGAAGGUCUUAUUCGAUUUCCUACAGUUUCUGGAGAAGGUCAAAAAUCGAUCGCUGACGGCAUUUUGGAUUUGUUACAUUGCAAUUAUGAUUGGGCCACUGAAAGAGAUAUUCUAAACAGUAUUGAUAUAGAAAAGUCUGAAAUGUCAGCAAUAUCUAAUAUCACAAUUUUGGCGGCUGCUUUACGCAUUCUGCCAAAAAUACAAGUCUCAAAUGAUAAAGCCUCAGAAGUCAUAUCAUCCUUAUUCACCGCCCUUUCUGAAUUUUUGGAGCAUCAAACCGAACGGGCAAUUGUCAAUACAAAAUACAUCUUGGCUGAUAAGAAUUACGUUUUGGAAACACUGUUAGGGUUAACAGUUGAAUCAUUAGCUGGCAUGGCCGCCAAUAAUGGAGCCAUUUUGAGCAAAUUGAGAAAUAUUCACGAUAAACUAAUAGGUGAAGUGUUGAUAAAACACUCUCAGAAUGCUGGUGUUUUAUGUGGGAUAUUUAUGUAUCUCGAUCUUCUCUAUUCAAGUAAUGAUGAUAAAGACAAGUUUACAGUACAACAGCUCGAGCACGUAUAUCCCGUUCUCAAAUUGAAUCUGGCUUCUUAUCAGCAUGACGUUCGAUUGUAUACCUUGAAAAUUCUAGCCUUGUUCGAGCAGCCACUUCUCAAGGCUGAUGAAGACCAUAAGAUACCGGAGACAGCGGAAAUUGUCAGACUCGCCUUACAAAUGGAAGAAACAGAAGCAACUUUUAAAGAAUACCGCGAUAAAGUCAUGUUGAUUCAAAAACUAGAUCUGAUUACCAGCUCCAGACGUACACCCGAUUUGUAUCUCGACUUCAUUCCCAGGCUAGCUCUGGGUGUCUUUACCAUCAAUUUGCGUCCUCUUUGGAAUGAAGCCAGAAAGCUUCUAGUGACUUUCUCACAAAUCAAACCUGAAAUGUACUGGGAAAUUGUUUAUGGCGAAUUUUUCAAAUUUGAGGAUGAAAAAUCCUUAGUGUGGGAUGGAUUGAAGAGGGAGGUGCUGGUCCAUUUAGAUAUGGAGAAUGAGAUCAAACCCAGUAAUGCAACGAAGACAGGCAGCAUUUCUUUUGAAUGUCCUACGUUCGAUUUUUUCUCUCAGCUUGAAGAUAAAUGUUGGAGCACUAUGUCUCAGGAUAAUGGACGAACAGCUGCAACUGUUUUCGCAACAAUCUGUCAUCAAAAGAAUGAACAUAUGGAUUUCUGGAAUUACUAUAAUUUAUUGUUAGUCACUUUAAAAGAAACACCUACCAUUACGGAAAACAAGGGACGCCAUUUGAUAGCUCUUUUUUUCAAAUUUUUUGAAAACGAGUUCAUUUCAGACAAGGAUGAGGAAGAGGUGCAACAAGCAAAGGAUGAUGUGGCCCAGGAUGAAUUUGAAAUUCUAACACGGUCUAGUAAAGCUGUCAAGGACAAAAUGGCCAGUUGGCUUGCUAUAUUUGCAGUUUUCAAGAAUCCCAAAGCCGCUUAUAAAGCGACUGAAUUGUAUGCCGUAUUCAUGCGUAUUAUAGCCAUGGGUGAUGCCAAAUUACAAGCUGCCGCUUUAGAAUGCAUUUUUACCUGGAAGGAUCCUAAUGUGAAGCCCUAUGCAGAUAACUUGCGUAAUUUAUUGGAUGAUGUCCGUUUCCGUGAUGAACUUUCUAUAUUUAUACAAAACGGAGAGCAAUUGAUGAUUGAUCCAGCGCAUCGUGAAGGCCUGAUGCCGGUUGUGAUGCGUGUUCUUUAUGGUCGACUCAUUCAGAAAACCAAAAGUGGUAAUAAAACCAGCAAAAAUACGCGUAGAAAAAUUAUUUUAGGAGCCAUAGCAUGCUGCGAAAAAACUGAAAUUGGAUACUUCCUUGAUCUCGCUAUGGAGCCCUUCAAAGAAAUCCUUGCGUUACCUGGCGUUAAUAUAGAUGACAAUGGAGAUGUAACUUCGUUUAGCUUUAGGGAGGAAGGAAAACGCGUGAUGGAGCAUGUUGCAUGGAGAAAACAAGUUGGUUUUUUGAAUCUGUUGGAAGACACUCUAAAACAAUUGGCCACACAUGCUAUACCAUUUUUACCUGAUCUGCUAAAGGUCGUUCUAUACAUCAUUAAUUUCAGCCAUAGUCGUGUUAGCAAUGGUCAGGAUGGUAUGGAGAUCGAUGGCGGAAGUAAGGUGGAGAAUUUACAAAGCGCCCGCUCCAAAGAAGUAACAGCUUUAGCUAUCAAGCGUGUAGUAGAAAUGCUCAAAAUCAACGGAGAUUUUAAUUUCACCGCCUUCAUACCCGCUAUGUUCUCAUCUUUCAUUACCAAACGUUUGCCUACUUUGCCUUCUGACAGUGCUCAGGAUGUGUCCUCCCUUCUCAAUCUAUUCCUUGUUUGGUCAAGAAAGAGUAACUAUGCUGUUUACUUGGUUGAUUAUGAUAAUCAAGUUAUACCUCAAAUUGUGGCUACUUUAACCAUGAAGAGCCUGGCCGAACCUGUUCUUAAUAUCGUAUUAGAAAUUGUUGAGUCAAUUUUGGAUAUUUGUGAUAACGCAAUGGAGAUCGAUGAUGGUGUCUCACUGAAAAACAAGCUUAUCGUUCCUCAUGUUGAUUUGCUAUUGAAUAAUCUCAAAUAUCGUAUCACUCAAGCCAAGGAUGAAAGUAAGUUUGGAACUGGUCGAUAUACUGUACGUGAAAUUGCGAUUAUUGCACGCAUUGCACCUUAUACAGAGAAUGGCGAACAAGCAGCAGCUAUUGUUGCAGCUCUACUUCCAAAUUUGAGAAAGCCAUCCCGUACUGUUCCGGAAAAGUCAAAGCAAGAUAUUUUUACUAUUUGGGCCAAGUUCAUACGUAUCAUUCCUGGUUUUGAACUUGGAUCCGCCUUAUACAGUCAUUAUUAUGUUGUGGCAUCCUCAAUGUUUCAAACAGCGUACUCUCGUGAAAGCCGCACUGGUUUGUUGGAUGUUUUCCAUGCGUUCGCAGAUAUCGAUCCCGAGCUUGUUAAAGUGGAUGAGCUUCUGUCCAAGUUGAAUACCUAUUCUAAAAAGCGGGUGGAUCAACGGGACUAUGAUAGCAUGUUGGAUGCUCUUACUGCUAUUGCCGAUUCACACCUGCGAGAGUUUAACGCUCAUCAAUGGUUCCCUAUCUUACAUCAAUUGGCUUAUUGUAUGCAUGAACCAGAGGAAAUGGCUAUUCGUGGUUCUGCAACUCACUGUAUGACCCAGUUUCUUAAAGUUACUGCUGAGCAAGCUGACGAGGAAGAAAAGCGCAAGCUGUUGGGUUAUGUACACCACGUUAUAUACCCAUCUAUCAAGUCCGGUCUUCGCUCACGUAUCGAAUUGGUUCGUUUAGAGUUCGUUACUCUUUUAAAUGCUUGUAUCAAGACUUUCCCCGAGCUAUCCAUGUUCGAGGAUAUGGUUCCCCUACUUGGAGAUGGUGACGAAGAGGUCAACUUCUUCAAUAAUAUCUAUCAUAUGCAAAUUCAUCGUCGUGCCCGUGCCCUGACGCGUCUAGCUGAAUAUGCUGAAAUGUCUACUUUGAAGCCAUCGACCAUCAACAAUAUCUUCCUUCCUAUUAUUACAGCUUUCUUCAAGGAGAGUGAUCGCACAGUAGAUCACAAUUUGCUUCAUCAAUGUACUUUGACCAUUUCUUCAUUGGCGAAGGCGCUUCCCUGGAAUCAUUAUUACCGUUUGCUUCAGAAUUAUCUUGGACUCGUCAAGGAGAAUGAUGAAAAAGAAAGAUUGUUCGUUCGUGUGGUGAUUGGUAUUCUUGAUGCUUUCCAUUUCGAUCUUCAUCAUAUUGAACUAUCUGAUGAAACUGUGAAAAAGAUCAUGGGUCGUCAGAAAGUGAGAAUUGACUAUUUAACCGACGAAGAAAUCAAGAAACGAGCUGCGAAGGAGGAAGGAAAAUUGCAAGAAGAAAGUGUAGAAAAAGAAAUUGAAGAAGUUGAGCCUGAUGUUAUCGAUGAAGUGAAAGAUAAAGCAGAAAAGGUUCAUGAUACGCUCAUUGAAAAGGUCUUACCGGAACUCAAUAAUUUAUUGAAUAAUAAUAAGAGCAGAGGCUCUGUCAUUGUUCGCAUUCCCCUUGCUUUGGGUAUUGCCAAGUUACUUUGUCAUCUUCCCGAAAAAUCCAAGCGUGUCAACUUACCAGGUUUAUUGACCUCUGUCUGUCAUAUUAUUCGCAGUAGAGCACAAGAUGUGAGAGAUACUACCCGUGAUACGCUGAUCAAGAUCAGUGCCUUUUUGGGACCUUCCUAUUUUGAGUUUAUACUCAAGGAGCUUCGAGCUGCAUUGCAGAAGGGCUACGAAUUACAUGUGUUAGGCUACACUGUCAAUUCUCUUUUGCUUGAUAUGUUCCCUCGACUUCAAACGGGUGAUCUCGAUUAUUGUCUAGAACAGUUAGUAGACAUUCUUUGCAAUGAUAUCUUUGGCGCUGCAGGAAAAGAAAAAGAUGCUGAUGAAAUGACUGGUAAGACGAAAGAAGCCAAGAGUCGCCGUAGUCCUGCCUCUUUUGAAAUGGUUGCAAAAGUGAUUCAUUUUAAAAAUGUGGGCUUACUUCUGAUACCUUUGAAGGAAAUCAUGUCCAACACUGAAAGCAGCCGUACUUUGCGCAAAGUUGAAGAUUUGCUUCGUCGUAUAUCUAUUGGUCUGGUAAACAAUCCUGAAUUCGAGUCGUUAGAGUUGCUGGAUUUUGCAUACAAUUUGAUUACUGAGAAUAAUGAAGAAUUCAAGGUUCAGCCCAAGCAAAAGCAAAAGAAGACUCAGAAAGAAUUGAAUUUCGAGGUUCAAAUAAAGCGUCCUACUUCAGAACCCGUGGAUUACUACCGUGUCAAUGCUUAUCGUUUCGUAUAUUUUGGCCUCAGUCUGCUCACUUCGGCUGUCAAGAAAACCAAAUUUGAUUUAGAUAACGAAGAAUGUGUUCUGCGCCUCAGAAAGCUUGUCAAUGCUGUUGGUAAUAUUUUGUAUUCGUCUCAAUCUGCCAAUGUGAUAUUGGCUGCUCGUGUCAUGUGCCACUUCAUUCCAAUGAAGUUAUCAAAUAUAGAAUCUGCUGUUGCCGUAUCCAUUGAUAGAGCAUUUGAAAUCAUUAAAUCCGCCGGAUCAUCUCAAGCAACGACUGUUCAAGCCUGUUUGAAACUCUUAACUGUCUGUAUCCGUGAUAAUUCCAAAUCCAAGCUAACAGAAGCUCAACUGACGUACAUUCUCAACUUUAUUCAACCUGACAUGGAAGAGGUGGAAAGACAAGGCACUAUUUUUGCAUUAGUUCGUGCAAUUAUUACGCGCAAAUUUAUGGCACCCGAAAUGUAUCAAUUAAUGGAUACUGUUUCCAACAUCAUGGUGACAAAUCACAGUAAAGAAAUUCGUGAACAAGCUCGUUCCGUUUACUUUAUGUUCUUGAUGGAUUAUCCUCAGGGUAAGGGCAGACUUAAACAACAAAUGACUUUUGUUGUUAAGAAUUUGGAGUUCGCGUACGAAACUGGACGUGAAUCCAUCAUGGAACUGCUCCAUCACAUUAUAUCGAAAUUUGGUGCCGAAGUGCUCGCCGACUAUGUUGACUCUAUCUUCUUCGCUUUGGUGAUGCGUUUGAUAAAUGAUGACUCAUCCAAGUGUCGAGAAAUGGCGGCUGCGUUGAUCAAAGAAUUACUUUUACGUAUCCCAGAUCGCUUACCGACUAUUUACAAAUUGCUCGAUAAAUGGCUGGAUCAAAAUACCAAGCCAAGCCUGCAAAGAGCUGCUUGUCAAGUGUAUGGCUUGGUCCUUGAUACUUUUGGUGCACAAGUACGAUUCCAAGCAGAGCAUCUCGUUCAGCGCCUUGCUGCUAUUCUAAGCCGCAGCAAAGAACGCUUGGAUGAAACAGCUGAAUUGCAUCAAGAUCAAGAAGCCGAUACAAUGGAUGUUGACAUUCAAUGGGAAGUUACCUAUUAUGCCAUCAAUACCUUUGCGAAAUUGGUCAAGAGUUUACCCAAGGUUGUGUACGAAAAUGAAACAGAACCGAUUUGGCGAUGUAUGGAGCAUAUGCUGCUCUAUCCUCAUUCAUGGAUUCGUUCUUCGUCUACACGUUUAUAUGGCCUUUACUUUUCUGGAAUUGACGCUAUAAGCCGUGUCAACAAGGAUACCAACAUCAAGUCGAGUUACUUGGACAAAGAAACUUUACGUGCAUUAGCCACUGACUUUUUAGAACAAUUGAAAAGUGAUCAUGUUACACAAGAGCAAGCGGAUCAGAUUGUCAAGAAUUUGUUCUUCAUUGGUAAAUGCUUUUACUACAUGCCUGACGAAGAGGAUGCUGAAGGCGCCCCUGCCGAAGACAUCAAAAUUGAUGAUGCUGGAGAUGAGGUGAUCGAAGAUGAAAAAGAUGAUAGAGAAGCGCAAGUUGCAAAGGCAAAGAUUGAAGGAGCAGCGCAUAAAAAGUCUCUCAAUUGGUUAUUCAGAAAGGCUUCUUUCAACGCACGAGGUGCUGCUAUUAGGAAGAUCAAGAGUGGUAUAAUUCUUCGUUCUGCAAUUUUCAAGUGGUUUGCUGCCAUGUGCAAUCUUAUGACGUCCGACGAAGUACCACCCUAUCUAAUGCCUGUCAUUGCGCCCAUUUAUCGUACUGUCAAUGAUGAGCAAAACAAAGCAGCAGGCUUUGGUAAGUUUGAAGUCAUUAUACAAUCUAAAAUGCUCGACAACUUACGUUCUUUUGUACAUCUGUAGAUGCGCUCCAACAACUUGGAAAUGAGAUUCUCAAUCUGCUUCAGAAUAAGGCUGGUCCCACAGUGUAUUUCGCUGUUUACCAACGUGUUCGUCAACAGGUCCUGAAGAGCAGAGAAGAGCGUAAAUCUAAAGAAGCCAUUCUAGCAGUGACCAACCCUGCUCUUGCUGCUAAACGAAAGCUUGAGAAGCAUCAAAAAGCAAGAAAGAAGAAGAGAAUGAAUUAAACAAGACAACACUAUUAGACUGACUCAUUCUAUAAAUAUUAUAAAUUUACCCCUUAUCAUCCACUUGUAUUUUAUUGUUAUUGAAUAAAAAAUUGUACAUAGUUUCUUGCCAAAUGUAUUUACCAGUUACAACAAUCGAAU